CAAAAUUCUUCCCACUCACCCAGUUCCGCAUGCCAUCAUCAGAGCUCCGGCGGAGCUAAGUACGAUCUAUCCUACCAAGAAUAUCCAUGAUAAACCACAGCACAAUGGCUGCGAGUCAAACGAAGGACGCCCCAGAGGGCCCAGCCGGCUCUACACCUCCGGCACCAGAGAAUACUAGACAGAGCAGUGACCCGGCAGUGACGAGUGAGGCAGAAAAACAAGAGGAGGAACACAUUCCAAGAGAAUCACAAGAGAGCGAAGACAAUGCCUCGCAGGAGAAAGAAGAUGAUAGAGAGGAAGAAGAUGAUGAUGAAGAAGAGGGGGAGACAAAAGAAUCAGAUGCGCCACCAUUACCAGACGAGAUUCCUCCUCCCCUGCCCAACGAAGCUCCGCCAGGCGAGGACGACGGCUGGGAGCCUGUCUGGGAUGCCAAUGCACAAGCAUAUUACUUCUAUAACCGAUAUACCCAAGUUGCACAGUGGGAGAACCCCAGGGUGCCGACUGCAGCUCCAGCCCCAGCUAUCCCUCCCGCGCCGGGCACUGAAGACUCAACUGAGAAAGUCUCUGCCCCGCUAGGUGGAUACAACCCCGCUAUACACGGUGAUUAUGACCCAACAGCUCCGUAUGCGCAGCAGUAUGAACAGCAGGAAGAAGGUGGCCAGGCGGGGCUGGGGACAGCGAAUCCGGCUAACUAUGAAGCGGUUGGGGCUUUUAAUCGCUUUACCGGUCGAUGGCAGGGGGAGUCUCACAAUCCAGAACACCACAACGACGAGAACAAAUCGCGGCGGCAAAUGUAUGCAUACUUUGAUGUGGAUGCGGCAGCGAAUUCCCACGAUGGGAGGAGUCUGCGGGCAGAGCGGAGCGCGAAGAAGCUGAGCAAGAAGGAGUUGAAGAUGUUCAAGGACAAGCGCAGAGAGAAGAAAGAGGAAAAACGAAGAGCCUGGUUACGGGACUGAUUUCCUCUCUUUGGCUCUCUUUUCGUUGGCCUUCUCGGCUCUGUUCUGCUUUCCAUUGAGAUACCUACUGGAUUACACCUCGACGGGUUGGGGCGUUUGCAUUAAGGCACACUGUAUUUAUGGCAUUAUUAUCUUGGCAUUAGAAGCGAGCGGCUCAACGCUGGCCCUGUAGUUUACCACCAAAUGGACAAGGAUUUUACGAAGAACCUUAG